AUGUCAACAUUACCAGCAUUUUCAAUUAAAGAUAAAAAGAUUGCAACUGAAGGAGUAGGGAUUGCAGGUAGCUUUAUCGGGUUUGGAGGCAAUACAGUGUUUGCAUUGACAAAGACACAUACUGAAAUCGCAUCGUUUGGUAUCGAUAGUAAUGGUAGUAUUGGUGUUACACCAGUUGAAACGGUCCCAUACGAUCUUGCUGGUGGUAAACCAGAUCAAUUACUUGUACCUGUUAAACUUGGUAAUCAUAUCUAUCUACCUUAUGAAGUCAAUGAUGAAGAAUUUGUAUUCACUAUUAUGAAAGUUUCAAAUUCACAGAUUAGUGAAAUCAAUAAAUCAAAAAAGUAUAUAUUUGGUAGAGCAAGACCAACAUUCUUACAUCAUAUGACAGAAUGGAGUAGAAUUGGAUUGGGACAACCACCACAGACCUAUGUCAAGGUUGAUUUGUUUGAUUUUGUCAAUCAACAAGGAGAGUUUGUUUGUGCGUUUAGACCGAUUGAAGGCGAGAUGAUUGUGCAGUCUGGUCUGACCAACAACUUCCAAAACACUGGUCGCAAGUUGGUAAGUGUCUCGUUUAUCGAUGGUAGUCGUGUCGUUCACAUUAGAAAGUACAACGAACAAUCUAAAUUGGCCGAUGAAAUAUUGGAGACUUGGUCAUGGAACGACGGACUGUUCAACGUAGAGUCUGAUCCCGAAUACGUACUCGUCUAUGCACAAGACCAAAUCAUCGUCUUUUCAUUGGCCAACAACAGUAAAUGGUCAAUCGACUUUGAAAAGCCUUUGGUUCAUGCUGGCAAGGUUGUUCGAAUUGGUCAAGUCCUCCUACAUCACUGUGCCGAUAAUAGUGGUGUCUAUGUCGACAUGAUUGACAUGUCCACCAAAUCACUCAUCAAAACGAUACGUAUCCCCGAUGCUCCAGGUAUCUCUCCUCUUGCAAUCCAUGCUUGUCAAAAUAAUACUUGUCUUCUCAUAGCAUACCCAAAUAAUCAAAUUUUUAGUCUAACCUUUACAGACUAA